CAGGAUUUCUUCCUCUCGAUCCUGGGCCUGGAGGACGUGCAGAACACCAUCAUCGGCGGCUCGAAGAGCGGCAUCCGGGGCGUCUCCGGCGGCCAGCGGCGCCGCGUGACCCUGGCGCGGGGCGCCGUGACGGGCGCCCAGCUGCUGUUCGCGGACGAGCCCACCAGCCGGAGGGAAAGAGAGCGAUGACCACGUUCGAGAGAACGGCUGGCCUUCUCGGCGGCCGACGCACGGGCGGCCAUGCCCAAGAUCGGCGUCCACGAGGUUCCGCGGCGUCUUGGUCGUGGUCAUCGUUUUCCUUCCCUCGACCAGCGGCCUGUCCGCUACGGACGCCGAGACAUGCAUUAAGAUGCUGCGCUUCUUGUGCAAGCUCGAGGAAGGAAACACGGCAUAAACAUAAACUUUCGGAGCUUCGCGCGGAUUUCUCGGAUCUGCUCUCGAACCCCCUGGCGGCGCCUCCGGCGCCGUCCCUGGCGCGCUCCGCGCGCCACAGAAGGGGCUCAACGCAGAUCCAAGAAAUUCGCGCGGACCUGCAAAAGUCUGCGUUUAUGCAAGUCAUUCUUCCUCUGCAAGCGCGUGGGCAUGACCUGCAUGGUAGUGAUUCACCAGCCGCGCGUGGAGGUGGCCGAGCUCUUCGACCAGCUUGUGCUGCUGACCUCCAGCCCAGGCUCCUGGGGUGGCAGCGUGGUGUACAAUGGCCCCAUGAGCGGCACGCUUCUGCACUGUGAGCGCCUCGGCUACCCCGUCCCAGCGCGUGCAAAUCCUGCAGAUUGGCUGAUGGACAUGGUAACGCCAGGCUACAGGCACGCCCUUGUAAAGAGCCGCCAGAAGGAGCAGGAUCAGUCCGUGCGGGAUUUCGUUGGGCAUUAUUACAAGAACGAGGCUUUCUUGGUCGAGACAGCCGUCAAGGAAGCGAUCGCGGUUCCAGGUCUGCACCCCAGGAAGAUAUCCAGCGGACCAACCAUGACAAUCUAUGUUUUGCUUUUGGGUGCCGGCCGUUACCGAGAGCGCUGAAUGGCCGCGCGACUGGACAGGGGGCGCGUCAGGAGACUUGGCCGUUCUGCGAUAUUUUCUAUGUUGGGGAUGACGGGUUCGCACUGCGCGCUUGGCGAUGGCGCGCGGCGUAUGGAGUGCGUCGAUUGGACUUAGAUGUGGUGGAGCCGGGCCGUCUGAACGGUUUCGGGGUGAAGGUGUCAUCGGAGAGCAAGUGACAAGCCGGUGGCAGAAUUUCAGGGGCGUGCUGGACGAGGAGACUAUCAAGAACGCGCCAGGCUUGCGCGAGAAUAGCAGGUAUACCGCGACCUUGAUGACCCAGCUGAUGGUACUGGCGACAGUGAAGCGGAGGCUCCUGUUGCGCGAUAAAAAAGGGCUGAGGUUGAAGGUCGUGAUGUCGGUCGUGCAAGGCUUGAUCGUAGGCAUCGCGUACUGGGACAUCGCCUCCAAGCCUGAAUUUACACACAUCACUUACAUUUUCAUGGUCAUGCAGUUCUCGGCGCUCGCGGGCAUGUCGGCAAUGCCAGGCCUCAUCGACACGAGAGCUGUCAUGAAGAAAGAUGUUGAUGAAGGUCUUCACAGCAUUCCCGCUUGGAUCAUAUCGUUUUCUCUCCCAGAUUUGGUGAUCAGCGUCGUCACUAACACGCUGUUCAUCCUCAUCGUCUUCGCGAUGGGGCAGCUCGAGUGGAGAAUAUUCGACCGAUUCUACUUCUGGGUGAUGAUGUGCCAGCUUGUAAUGGACGCAUACUUCAACUUCAUCGGUUCUGUAGCGCCCAACGCCCAGCUCGCCCAGCUCAUCGCCAUGCCCGGCAUGAUUCUGUUCAUGCUGUUUAACGGCUUCCUGGUCAGCCGCGAGAGCACCCCCGACUUCAUGGCCUGGGCGCUCAGCGUAAGCCCGUUCAGCUAUGCCAUCGCGCGCACCGCGGUGGACAUCUACGGGCCCGACGCGUGCAGCAGGCCGGGGUGCGUCCAGCUCAUGACCCAGUACGGCUUCUACGACGCCCCGUCGGAGGAGGCGGCCAUCGCGGUGCUCCUGGCCCUGUUCGUCGUCUUCCGCGUGCUGAUGGUGCUUGCGCUGUCCACGCUCAACAAGGCAGAGAAGUGAUCGGCCAUACUUCAGGAGGGAAAAAACACAGACACAAUCCAUCUUGUGUGUACUUAAUUUGUGUGUCCUGGGGCCCCUUCAAACCCGCGUCUCUCGAUGCUCGACUUGGGCGGCCGUCCGCUCAGCUCGCUCCGCGCCAGUCUCCGUGGCCAGGCGCUCUCUUGGCCGGGCAGGCAGCUCAAGCACAGUGCGCAGCGCGCGGGCAGAUGAGAUCCGAACCACGACGGUGCGCGGCCGCUGCCGGUGAAGCAGUCAGUCAUCGCCCUCGCUGACUGGCCUGGCUUGUCCUCGAU